AUGGCGAUCCGCAUCACCGUGUCCUACUCGGGCUACGUGGCGCAGAACCUGGCCGCGUCCUUCGGCCUGCGCUGCACCGCCGCCGCGGCGGGCGCUGGCGCGGCGCCCGGAGCGGGGUGCCGCUUUCUCCAGGACGCGCUAUCCCGCCCCUUCUGCCUCUUCGCCUCCUCCCGCCGCGCCGAUGCCCACCAUGACGCCGAGGAUCACAACCACCCGAAGCCCAUGCCCAAGGCUCUGCCCCCCGCCGCCGCAGCUGGAGGCGGGUACUCAUUGUUGCUGCCGCGGUCGUGUUCCACAAAGGCGGCGGCGCCAGUGGAUGACCCCCCAGCCUCGUUGGCCGUUGGGCUGCUGUCGGUGUUAACGUCUGGUAUGGGAUCGACUGGUGGCAUUACUGGUGCAUCCUCCCUCGCUGCCUUGCCAUCAAUAUCAGCCGGGUUCAACCCUUCGGCGCUCCUCCCGUUCCUGCAGGCGACCAAAUGGCUCCCCUGCAGCGACGUAGUCACUGCCACGACGGCGUCUCGCAGUUCAGGACGCCCAGCAGGUGCCAUGGCUGCGCCUGCACCGCGCACAGCUGCACCUGCACCGCGCACAGCUGCGCCAUCGCCUCGUCCUGCACCACGGGCAGCCGCUCCAUCUCCCUGUCCUUCACCUGUGCCAUCACCUGCUGUUGCUGCUCCUUCCAAGGUCGGCAUACAAGCAUUGGUUGGUAGUGCUAGCAUCGCCUCAGGUUCAGCUGUGAUUGGAAGGGGGGCUAUUGCCUCUGGUGCAGCUGGAAUGAUGAAGAAGAGCGGUGCAAGUCUUCCUGCUGGAGCAGGGGUGAGAAGGAAGACCGGUUGGCUCUCAAGGUGGGUGAACUCAUGCUCAGAUGAUGCAAAGACUGUCUUUGCCGCUGUGACCGUGCCACUGCUCUAUAAAUCAUCCCUAGCUGAGCCUAGGUCCAUCCCAUCCAGGUCAAUGUUCCCAACAUUUGAUGUUGGUGAUCGGAUCCUUGCUGAGAAGGUUUCGUACAUUUUCCGGGAGCCAGAAAUUUUGGACAUUGUGAUCUUUCAUGCACCUCCAGUCCUUCAGGCAUUGGGCUACAACUCAGGUGAUGUGUUCAUCAAGAGAGUUGUGGCUAAGGGCGGGGACAUCGUUGAAGUACGUGAUGGUAACUUGUUGGUUAAUGGAGUAGUUCAGGAGGAGGACUUUGUGCUGGAACCAGCCGACUACGAAAUGGAUCCGCUGACUGUGCCUGAAGGCUAUGUCUUUGUACUGGGGGAUAACAGAAACAACAGCUUUGAUUCACAUAACUGGGGUCCGCUUCCAGUUAAGAACAUCCUCGGGAGAUCUGUCCUUCGAUAUUGGCCACCAUCGAGAAUAACAGAUACAAUAUAUGAGUAUGACAUGGCGCAGUACGCAGCUGCCGCAUCCUGA